AUGGCGGCCGCGGCGACGAAGCACGUACAACUGGCGCUGGCGCUGCCGACGCGGCUGCGCACAUUUCUCGCGCGGUACCCUCCGGCCUCGAUCCUCCCCGCCGGCGCCAGCCCCGAGACGCACAAGACGGGCUACCAAGAAGACACCCCGAACCCGUUCAGGCCCCUGAGGCACCCGGUAACCGGCCGGUGGCACGACCCCAAGUACUCGCUGCGCCGGCAGGCCGAACUCGUCAAGAUGGCGCGGAAGCAUGGUGUCGAGGAGCUGCUGCCGGACGGGCCCAAGGGCACCGAGGCAAGGUUACGCAAGAGAGUCGAGCUCGGUCUGCGUGUCAAGGGUACUGGUGUUGGCCAGAAGGUCAAGGGUCACAAGCACGAGAGGCAGCAGGGUGCCAAGAUGGACAAGAGGAGACAGGCCAUGUUGGAGAUGCCGGAGCUCAUCAGGGAAUGGAAGAAGGUUGGAAAACGGGACUGGACCAAGUUCCCGAAAUAA